CAAGCAAUUCUUUAUUGGGGCCGCAGUCAGUGACUAGCGUAUUUGACAACUUUAGUAAAAUAUUUAAAGUUAAGAAACAUUAUUGUGCUUUGUUGUACCUGAGGUAGGGUGAACUAGGGUUAAGUCCCUAGUGGAUGCAAAACAGUGAAGCAGUCGGCUGCUGGAUGGUAGCUGCAUGAUUAAUGGCCUGAAUGGAGGAGAUUUGAAUAUCCCGCCCUGCCAGGCGACUCCCCCCCCAACGCAGUCAGUGCUGUGUCGGGAGCUCCGCUCACACGGUGCGCUGAGAGAGAGCGAGCACUGGAGCAACAUUUAAAAGCAACUUCGGUGUAUUACGGAGCUUGUAGGCUGUUUACAACGAGGAGCCGACGCACAACACUUUACCUGAGUGGAGUGGUUUAUCUAGUUUUCCAUUUUUCUGGAAAUGUGUCGCUUGGAGAACUAGGAGCGGACAGCUCUGCACACCGAAGCCGGGAUGAGUGGGAGCUCCGCGGUGUCCGGCGCGGCGCCCUGCCGCUUCGCUCACUACUUUGUUAUUUGUGGGAUAGACACAGAAACCGGACUGGAACCGGACGAGUUAGCAGCUUUGUACCAGUGGCUAGAAGCAGACCGCCAAGGCAGGGAUCCUGAUACUGCGGCCACAGGUGAAAACUUUGAGCAAAGCCCCCUGAAGAGGACGUUCAAGUCCAAAGUCCUAGCACGCUACCCUGAGAACGUGGAGUGGAACCCCUUCGACCAGGAUGCUGUCAACAUGCUAUGUAUGCCUAAAGGGCUCUCGUUCAGGACGCAGGCUGACCAGCGUGAUCCACAGUUCCACUCCUUCAUCAUCACAAAGGAGGACGGCUCUCGGACCUACGGCUUCGUCCACACCUUCUACGAGGAGGUGACCAGCCCACAGAUCUGCUCUGCCAUGCAGACCCUCUACCAGAUGCACAAUGCCUCCACCAACCCCCCUUCUUCCUCCUCCUCUGCCUCCUCCUCUUCCUCCUCCAGCAUGGACUCUCUGGCCAGCAGUUUAGACGAGACCGACUCCCCGACAUCCUCAUCCUCCUCAUCUUCGUCUCGCAGGGCAGGUGUAUACGACUCUUCGCGGGACACCCUCUAUGUGUCCAAGGCCUUAUGUCUGAUCACACCCAUGCCCUUCAUGCUUGCCUGCCGUCGCUUCUUGUCGCAGCUGCACAGGGCUGUUACUGCAGCCACCGCCCCCCCGCUGCCACUGGAGAGCUACAUUCACAACAUCCUGUACGAGGUACCGCUGCCUGCUCCGGGACGCUCGCUCAAGUUCCAUGGUGUGUACGAACCCAUCGUGUGCCAGAGGCCUGGGCUGGGGGAGCUGCCGCUGGCUGACUUCCCCCUCGCAGAGGCCUUCAGUCUACUGGGCGUGGAGAACCUGGUCCAGGUGUUCACCUGCACCCUGCUGGAGAUGCAGAUCCUUCUAUACUCACAAGACUUCCAGCGGUUGAUGACAGUGGCCGAGGGCAUCACCACCCUGCUGUUUCCCUUCCAGUGGCAGCACGUCUAUGUUCCCAUCCUGCCAGCCUCUCUCCUCCACUUCCUGGAUGCUCCUGUUCCCUACCUGAUGGGCCUGCAGUCCAAAGAGGGCACUGACCGCUCUAAACUGGAGCUUCCUCAGGAGGCCAACCUGUGUUUUGUUGACAUUGACAAGCACUACAUUGAGCUUCCAGAGGACUUUCCCCACUUCCCCAACAAGGCUGAGUUCAUCCAGGAGCUCAGCGAGGUGCUGCUUAGCUUCGGAAUUUCUGCCAACACAGGGGCCCCACCACGGACCCGCACCAGCCCCGGCAGCACCCCCUCCACCCCUGGCAGAGAGCGUAAGACUGUCGCUUUCCGGCAGCUAGAGGACGAUGGACGUAAUGGCAAUUUGGCUGGGGAGGAACUGGCUGUGCUGGAGCUGCUGCAGGGAAACGCCACCCUGGAGAGACUGCAGGCGCUGACCAAACGCACUGGGGUGACGGUGGCCCGCGUGGACGCCCUGAGGGCCGGAGUCAAAGCCCAGGGCACUGAGGGGCAAGGAGGCCGGACUGCAGCCGAAGAGGAGGAGCUAAGGAACGCCAAGCUGAACAUCCAGCUGAGAGAGGUGUUCGCCAGCCGCUUCACCACCAUGUUUGCAGACUACGAAGCCUUUGUCAUCCAGAGCGCCCCGGACCUGGAGUCCUGGCUCACCAACAGGGAGCAGAUGCACAACUUUGACAAGGCCUCGUUCCUGUCUGACCAGCCGGAGCCCUACCUGCCCUUCCUCUCCCACUUCAUUGAGACGCAGAUGUUUGCCACCUUCAUCGACAACAAGAUCAUGUCACAGUGGGAGGAGAAGGAGCCACUGCUCCGGGUUUUUGACUCUCGCAUCGACAAGGCCCGCCUUUACAACGUCCGCGCUCCCAGCCUCAGAUCCUCCAGCUACCAGAGGUGCUCCAUCCUCAAGGAGUCUGCUCAGGCCAUCGAGCAGCGGCUGAUGAAGAUCGACCACACCGCCAUCCAUCCACACCUGCUGGACAUGAAGAUCGGUCAGGGCAAAUAUGAGCAGGGAUUCUUCCCUAAACUGCAGGCUGACGUGCUCAACACGGGGCCGCCCAAUAACAAGUGGGCUCAUAGGACGGCGACAGCUCAGCGAAGGAAAGACCGUCACAGACAACAAACGGAGCACCUGAACCUCGACAACGACCUGAAAGAGAAGUAUAUGCAGGAGGCCCGCGGCCUGGGGAAGAACCUUCGACAGCCCAAGCUGUCUGAUCUGUCUCCCGCCGUCAUCGCCCAGACCAACUGGAAGUUUGUGGAGGGGCUGCUCAAGGAGUGUCGCAUGAAGACCAAGCGGAUGCUGGUGGAGAAGAUGGGCCGGGAGGCGGUGGAGCUGGGCCAUGGUGAGGCCAACAUCACUGGACUGGAGGAGAACACUUUAAUUGCCAGCCUGUGUGACCUGCUGGAGAGGAUCUGGAGCCACGGGCUCCAGGUCAAACAGGGGAAAUCGGCCCUGUGGUCUCACCUGCUGCACUACCAGGCCAGAGAGGAGAAGCUGGAGCAGCAACAGGCAGAGUCAGCAGUGCCACAUGUUCCUGAGAGGAGGAAAUCUGAUUGUUCCAUAGCGAUGCCGUGUCUACAUGUGUCUCUCAUACAGGAUAUGAGGCACAUCCAGAGUAUGUCAGAGAUAAAGACAGAUGUGGGACGAGCAAGAGGCUGGAUUCGCCUGUCCCUGGAGAAGAAGCUGCUCUCUCAGCACCUUAAACAACUGCUGUCCCGACAAGCCUUAACCAAGAAGCUGUACAAGCGUUACGCUUUCCUGCGCUGCGAGGAGGAGAAGGAACAGUUCCUCUUCCACCUGCUCUCUCUCAAUGCUGUCGACUACUUCUGCUUCACCAGCGUCUUCACCACCAUCAUGAUCCCGUAUCGAGUCGUCAUCAUCCCCAUCAAGAAACUGAGCAACGCCAUGACCACCUCCAACCCCUGGGUGUGUGUGUCAGGAGAGCUGGGAGACUCGGGCAUCAUGAAGAUCCCCAAAAACGUCCUAGAGAUGACCUUCGAUUCUGCUUUCAGGCCUCACACACACAUCUCCGCCUUGUUCAAGUGCCAGAACCUGGGGAAGCUGACCACUGUGCAGCUGGGUCAUGAUAAUGCAGGCCUCCUGGCUAAGUGGCUGGUGGACUGUGUGAUGGUGCGCAAUGAGAUCACAGGACACACCUACAGGUUUCCAUGUGGUCGGUGGCUUGGUAAGGGCGUAGACGACGGGAGCCUGGAGCGGGUCCUGAUCGGUGAGCUGGUGGUGCCCAGUGGAGAGGAGGAUUCUGGGAGAGCCUGCCGUACACCCCCGCUGCAGCGCUCGCCAUCCCAGACCAGACGGAUCAGCAUCACGGCACUGUCUGGACGGGGAUACAAACCCACUUCAGCCCAAAUCCAAGAGGCCAUCGGGGAGGCUGUGAACAACAUCCUCAAACACUUCCACAAGCCAGAGAAAGAGAGAGGCAGCCUGACCGUCCUGCUCUGUGGGGAGAACAGCUUGGUGGCAGCUCUGGAACAGUUCUUUCAUUACGGCUUCAAGUCUGCCCGCCUCUUCCAGAAGACUGUGUUUGUGUGGGACUUUGUGGAGAAGGCCGUUGCCUACAUGGAGUCAGCUGACCAGAUGGGAGACCUUCAGGAGACCGCGGAGCCCCUGGGGAUGACCUGUCAAUCACUCUGUCACUAUGUCAACGCGGUCAACUCCACUCCUAGGAACAUCGGCAAGGAUGGGAAGUUCCAGCUGAUGGUCUGCCUCGGAGCCAGAGACCGUCUGCUGCCCCAGUGGCUCCCCCUGCUGGUGGAGUGCCCGGUUAUCCUGCGAAUGUACGAGGACACAGCCCUGCUCAGAGACCGCACCACUGUCAACGCACUUAUCGGCGUCCUGGAAACGUUGCACGACUUCCCCAUCACACUGGAAGCCUCACUGGUCAAAGGCAUCGACCUUUAGGCCAAGGAGGGACCACCAGGCUACCAUUCAGCUCUACAUUUUCCUUCAAAAACCUACCACUACCACCAACUUCAUUUACUCCAGCACUGUUGGCUCUGGGAUUAGACACAUGACCAGGAAGGGAGGAAAUGAGGGACAAGCGGUUUGGUUACCAAAGCAAAAAGUUCCACUGCUUCAUGUGAGAAGUUGGGGCUUUGGAUCAAUCUGAAGCCUGGAUGCAGUAUUAUCUCUCUAAAAACUUUCAAUUAAAUUACAACCAGUGCUUAAUCAGGUUUUACAUCAUUAACUACAAAUACGUCACAUUACUGUGGACAAUUUCCAAACACUUUCAGGUUGAUUUUCUGCCUUCCAGGCAGCCAUUGGUUUCACUUUGUUUCAUGACGUUAAAAAUCGUCUUGAAGCCACGUGAAGUUUGCUGGGGAUUUGUAAUCCAUCGUAAUAUUUCAUAUUUUUCAUAUUGUCAACAAAUCCCAUGAAAAGACUCAAACCAACAAUGUGGUAGUCCCUUUCUUAAUACUCUCUGACUUCCCCACUCUGUCUGUGGCUCUCAGCUUCAAGCCCAUUGGUUCCUACUGAAAACAGAAAUAUUUAAAAGCAACCCACAAAUAUAUAUUAUUAUUUCUAUAAAAAAGUUUAGCUAUCUCCUAAAACAGCUGCUAAAUGUAGUUUUUACUUUACGCAAACAGAAGGAAAUAGAGCAUUUGUUGGGGACUAUUUUCAGCAGCGGAUUAAUCCAAUUAAUGUGGUGCUCAAUUGAGAAUUUGGGGCAGCAGGACAGUGUGUGGGACUGAGUCAGAAUAAAAUACAGUGUGUGUGUUCAUGGUCAUGAAGGAACAUGUCACCCAGUGCAGCAGUGAGGCUCACUGAUAGUUUAAUAGUUCCUGAAACACAGUCUAUGGCUCAGAGGACGAAGAGACAUCAAAUACUUGUUAGUAGGAUCACUUCAUUGUUUGGGUCAUUUCAUGUGAUGACUACAAGAAAAAUAUAGAAUAUCACCAGAUUAUUGUCCCUGCUCUCAACAGCAUUAACAUGUAAUGCUAAUGUAAUUUCACAGUGUACUGUAAUAAACUGAGAAUAGCAGCUUAGAAAGAGAAAAAUCCAUCUAAAACAUUUUUAAGAAUGCUUCAGAAAACUAGAGACAAGAAGAUAAACAGUGAAAUAUGCAACUGGUGUGGUUUUUUAAAACGUUAGUAGAAGCAGCCAUUUCCUGUGUGCUAGCUGUGUAGCCUAGCCCACCUUCUGUAGGUACAGCUGCAUAAACUGAGCGAUAAAAUCUCUUUGUUCGCUUGCAACUGGGCGUUACGGUGCCACCAUCCCCACACCCUAAUUAGCGUUAGCAGUAGCGAGCAUGCCUAUAGAAUGAGCCUAUGUGGAAAGAAGAGACAACCUCAGGAAGAGACAGAGCGGUCACUGACCCACGGAAACAAGGAUUAUGACAAAGAUGGUGAUGGACGGACUCUCGUACAGUGUAGCGUUCUCUCUUUCUGUUAAUUCGCUGGACUUUUGUUGGGCAUUUUCUCUACUUUCAGUCUGUGGGUGAACACAAAAACUGAUCUCAGUGAUGUGGUUCGGUAGCUUAACCUGUGGCUUCAUGGACAUUCCUACCAGACUGCAGGGACCGCCUGGUUGGUUUUAAAUGGUGUGUGUGUGUGUCCAAGUGUGUGUUUGAGUGUGUAUCAUAUUUCACAAAUGUAUGUGCUCUGGUGUGUGUGUUUGCCUUCCAUUUAUUUUCUUCCAACUUCAGCGAAAUCUACUGUGUAAAACAAUCUGAACUCAGGGUCUACUUACUAGCUUUUUCUGGAGCUUACUCAGCUGUCAUCAUAUGACUUAAAUAUGGAUAUUUAUGGUUGAAAGCUCUGGCAAAGGCUAGUGAGAGGAGUGUGAGUUAAGAUUAUUUUGCCAAAAUACUAUUCGUAAGGUCAAGAAUGAACGUUUACGCAAGCAAGCAAAAUGGAACUUUUUCUAAAUCAGUGGUUCUCAAACUGGGAGGACGUUGAUGUUGUGUUGAGCAGACCUAAAGUUGCAUGAAUAUGAUUCAUGUGGUGACAAACAAAAGCGCUCUGAUGCUAGCAAGGCUGUUUUACUAACCUGAAUCUUGAUUCAUUACCUGCCACUAGAUGAAUAACACGACGUCCCUUUAAAUCAAAGUUUGUUGUAUGGAGGGUUAGUUCAGAUCCUGCAUCACAAUGUGACAUCAAUGUAAACACAUGCUGCUAUUUCCAAGAGUGUAUGUCUGUAUGCCGCACUGUAAAUGCCAUCAUUGUUUUUGAAGAAAUAGUUCUACAUUAUGGGAAAUACACACAUUGGCUUUGUUCCAGAAAGUAAGAUGAAAAGCUUGAUCAAUCAGUCAUCUAAUGGAGGAGGACGAUUGAGAUUCCUUCUCAGACUACAGCUGACUGAGUUAAUUUGGUACAUGAACAAGGCAUGUACCAAAGAAUGAAAAGAUUGAUCAAUCAAUCUCACGUCUCUGUUAUAAAAUAGAGCUGGACUCCAGGCGUGUUACACCUCUGAUCAAGUGUGUAUUCAUUCGUCCAGAAAUUCUGUGCCGAGUCUUAAGUUACAAUAAUCGUGAGCACAGGUUUUGGUCUGUGUACAAACACUGUGGUACCAAACCAUGCUCUGACAGCAAAGCAGCUUCCAGUAAGCUAGGCUAACCGUGUCCUCCAGCCCUGUCCACUCAGUGGACAGACAUAAGAUUUAAAUCCAUCCUCUCAUCUUUCCCUAAAUGUUGAACUAUAGUAGCAUUAGUUUGAUAAAGCUUAGCAGGACAAACAAAUGAAUACUUAACAGCAGGCAUCAGUUUUUUUCACACCUUGGAAGUUCAAACUCAGUUCAGUAAUGUGUAGGUUGUUGAAAAAAAUACAUAUUUUUUUAAGAAUAAGGUUGGUGUUAUGCUGUAUUUUUCACUGUCAACAAAUUCAAUGAAAAAAACACAAACAAUGAACUGGCCACCAUACCCUGUCUGUUGUAAAAUACAUAAAUCUUUAAGAACACCUCACAAAAGUAUGGUUUUGUUGUCAUCCUAAAACAGCUGGUCACUGUAGUCUUUACCAAUUGUCACUCACAAGAGAAAAUGGUGCUUUUGUUGGGACUAUUUUCAGCAAUGGAUUAAUACGCAGUUCAUAAUUAGGCACCAGGACGUGUUUUUUUUCUGUGGGGUUUAUUUUUUUAUUUAUUAAUUUUUGUCUACCUUUGCAUUCAUUGUUGGUUUGGGUCUUUUCGUGGGAUUUGUUGACAAUAAGAAAACUAUAAAAUAUACAGAACAGCCUUGUGAGGAAGUUUCAGAUCAGUGCGUGAUGUUCAAACUUUUAACUGCAAUGUUACAUGAAUGCAACACGGCCUCUAGAUAUAAAAGUAGGGACAAUGUCUUACUAUUCAUUUAUGAUGUAAGAAUUUCAUUCAGCCCCCACCUCCUCCAAACACAGACAAACUUCAUAUUUUCUCUACUUUAGCGGCAGCCAACAGAGAUGGGUGGAAACUAUUUUUCUUCAGACAGAUUUUUAUUCCCCCUGAAACUUUUGCUGCAUGAGGUUUUGCCACUGUUGCCACGUACUACUGUCGAAAUGAAUCCUUUCUGAGAAGCAUGUUAUCAUGUAGACUGAGCUGUAAUUAUUGUGACCUUCUCUAAUUAAUUCUAGAUGGUAGGUGAGUUUUGAGGGGACAAAAAGUGGACAUCUUUGCAGCUCAGUUCCCUGUAGUAUUUUUGCUGUUUGAGUCUGUGAAGGACAUACAGCCUGUCAUUUUGCUUUGAAUGUCUUGAUUUCAUGUAUUUAUUAAUUUAAUAUUAAUCCAUGGCAGGUUGGCAGUAGCACUGGUAUUAUAAGUUUGAUUAAACCGGUGGAAUAACUGGAAACAUUGCUGUUAGGCCACUUCAUGUGUUUUUAUCAUGUUUUAACCCUCUGUGCUUCUGCUGCUGUGUCCCUGAUGCCUCACCUACAGGACAAGCACAAUAACAAAUUCCUCUGUCACAUCCUGGAUUUGUUUGUGUACAAACUCUUUGCUGAUGGCUAUAAGGCAAACUUCUAGAGGACGGUUGAGAUUCCUCCUUAGGCUACUGAACACUUUGCUUAAUUAAUUUGGAACAUGGACAUGUCACAUGUGGUAUUAACCCUGAGUGCGUCUGCUCAAACAGCGAACAGGAAAUGCAACUGACAGCCAUGCAGUGGCUGUGCAUCCUGUUCUUGGCAAGAACACCACGGGACAAACAGAGCUUCAUGUCUGUGGACUGAGUACUCUGUUAUAUUUAUUAUGCCUAUUUCAAUAAAAAAAACACUGUGUGUGUUAAAGGCG